UGAAUGAAAACUACAAAACCCUAAAUUAAAACGGCGUCCUCCCUCCCUCCCGCCGCCUGCCGACCCACCCACCCUCCUUCAUCCUCCUCCUCCAUUCCAUGGCAGAAACUUACGCCGUAAAACCCAAGCUCCGACCCUCAUUCUCCCCAACUGCACCCUCUCCGGAAUCCAAGUACUGGAAAUCCUUCAAGACCCCCAAAGAUAUCCACACCAAUUCCUUCACUUUUCCCCUAACUUCACUCUCUUUUUCCCCAGUUGCCCCUCAUGACUUCGCCGCCGCCCACUCCGCCAGUAUCUCCAUCUUUUCCGGCAAAACUCUCGACCUCAAAUCCUCUAUCACCGCCUUCUCUGACGCCGCCGCCUCCACCUCUUUCCGCUGCGACGGGAAACUCCUAGCCGCCGGAGAUUUAACAGGCACCAUCCACGUCUUUGAGGCCAAGUCGCGCAGUCAUCUUCGCCGCUUGAAAGGUCACGCCGCUGGUACUCGCCUGGUAUGUUACCCUCACGUGGCCGAUAAGUUUCACCUCUUCUCGGGUGGAGAUGACUCGGUUGUUAAGUAUUGGGACGUCACGACCGAAAAGUGCAUAUCUGAACUUUUAGGGCACAAGGAUUAUGUGCGAUGCGGCGAUGCUUCGCCGGCUAGUGAUCAACUGUUUGCCUCUGGGUCUUAUGAUCAUAGAAUUAGGCUUUGGGAUUUGAGGGCGUCAAAUACAGCAGCAGGCUCUGUGAUGGAAUUGAGUCACGAGAAGCCAGUGGAAAGCGUGAUUUAUUUGCCAUCUGGCGGUUUGCUUGCUACCGCGGGAGGUAAUUCUGUGAAAAUCUGGGAUGUGAUUGGAGGAGGUAAGUUGCUAUACUCCAUGGAAAGCCACAACAAGACUGUCACUGCACUCUGUAUGGGUAAGGUUGGGAAAGAGUGCGGGGAGGCGGCUGGGGAGUAUAGGAUCUUGAGCGUUUCCUUGGAUGGGUAUAUGAAGGUCUUUGAUUACGCCAAGUUCAAGAUCACCUAUUCGAUGAGGUUUCCCGAGCCGCUGUUGUCGGUGGGGUUUUCCGCAGAUUGUCGCACAAGAGUGAUAGGGUCUUCAAAAGGGACCUUGUAUGUGGGGAGGAGGAGGAAGGUGGCGAGGGGGGGUGAGGAGGAGGAGGAGGGCAUCGGAGGUGACAUGGGGUGGGAGGCGGUUGUCGAGGAAGAGCAGCCUCGGCGGCCUCUGGGGCCUUCGUAUUUUAGGUACUUUAGUCGGGGGCAGAACCAGAAGCCGGGGGAGGGGGAUUACCUGAUUAGGAGGCCCAAGAAAGUGAGAUUUUCGGAGCACGACAAGCUGUUGAAGAAGUUCAGGCACAAGGAGGCGCUGGUGGCAGCAUUGGAGGGGAAGAAUCCAGAGAGUGCGGUGGCGGUGAUGGAGGAGCUGGUGGCGCGGAAGAAGCUGCUGAAGUGCGUGUUGAACUUGGACAGGGAAGAGCUCGGGGCGCUGCUGGGGUUCGUGCAGAGGUAUGCGACGAUGGCGAGGUAUGCAGGGUUCCUGGUGAGGGUAGCGAAGAAGGUGGUUGAAGUGCGGGCUGAGGACAUAAGAUGCUGCGGGGAGCUGAGGGGGCACAUCAGGAACCUCAAGCGGGACGCGGAGGAGGAGAUGAGAGUGCAGCAGUCUCUGGUGGAGUUGCAGGGCUUGAUUUCUCCGAUGCAGAGGAUUGCGGCUGGAUUCAGAUAGAUGGAUGGAUGGAUGGAUCACUUUUUCAUUUUUGAGGAGGAGGAGGAGGAGUUGCAGCAUUGUUGUAGGGGGGGGGGAGGGGUUUGUAUUUCUAUUUCUAUUUCUAUUUCUAUUUGUGCUCGUGCUCUCUCUCUCUCUUCUUGCUCUUGGAUUUAUAUUAUUGUUACUGUUAUUAUUCAUCAGCCGUUUGGCUGUUGCACCAAUGAGAUGAGAUGAGAUCAAUUAUGCUGUC